CGAAGAUAGAGAAGAAGAAACAGAAACAGAAGAAGAAGAAGACGAGGAAACAGAAACAGAAGAAGACGAAGAAAAAGAAACAAGAAACAGAGAAGUCGUGGUGAAUGAAGAAGGGAAAUACACAGAGCAUGGAUUCCAUCAACAGACUUGAAAUCUUCAUCCCAGGUGAGGCUAAGGCAAAAACCAUCGAUCUGUGUAGUUUACCAGCCGCAUUGCUCAAAAGAAUGGGCCUCCCCCUGCAUGACUCAAAAGACUCCAAGAAACUGGCAAUAUGGAUUAGUCCAGCAGUCUUAAGGAGGAAGGGGCAGAAACUACUGUCCAACACAGGAAAGGAUGCACCAGAAAUCGCGUCCUCAUUGCUGGGCAGAAGGUUCCGGACUCUGACGGGUCCUUUCAAAAUGCCUAUUUCCUCUAGCAACCGUGCCAUUUCCAACAUGCUGAAGGAUAUGAACCAAGGGAAUACGCUCAACACAUGCAAGUCUCCCACCUCCUUGUGUCCCCGUGGCUCGCCACCACAGACGGGCUUCUCUGCUAUUGUCAUCUACCAUGGAUGCAUUUACCUGUGCAUCAGUAAGAACAAUCCAAGCAAGGGUCGGAAAGACACUCCCUCUACUCACUCAUUGUCAUCUGAAAGCCAGAAGAAGGAGCUGCACAAUGACAAAAGGCCCAGGAAGAUGCGCACCACAAAUAAGAAUGUGUCCUCAUCCAAGGCUGCAGCAGCAGCCCCAGAGCCAGCCUGGUUUCAUCCUGAGGGGGGCCAGGAGGUGGGAGCCAAUGAGGACAGUGGUGACUGUGAGAUGCAGGACCUGGCCAGUGAUGAAGCCGAGCGCACUAGUCAAAAAGAUGAGGGGGUUGGUGAUGUGCACAUGGAACGUGGUGCAGUGACACUCAAAAGCAAUCAAAGCUGCACAGGGAGGGAGUCUCUGGGCGCCAACUCGCUGGUGAGGGAGUGUGACUUUGAUGAACUGGUACGGGAAGAGAAGAUCGCUCAAAUGAAGGCCAAACUCCGACUGAAUGAAGCUGCACUCAACAGUUUUCAUUCUUCACAGUAACUGCUUAGUCACACUCAGUAGUAAUGAUGUGUCAGUUUCACAAAAAAAAUCCCAAUUUAUAUUACAACUUUGAUAGAUUAGACACCUACUUCUUUGCUUUUGUGUUUACCACUUGGUUUCCUAGGAGAGACCCCUGUGAAUGUACGGGAACAGGAAUAUCUCCUGGACUGUUAAUGGGAUUUCGAUAUGUUUGUUGUUUUUUAAGAAUCAGUUGGUUUUAAGCACACAUGAAUAUGUGUGGUUUAUGAAUGACAAUGUGACUUGUAUUCAAUAUAAAUUUGAAGCACAGAAUAAUCUGAAAAUCAGAAACCAGUGUGCCAUGUUACAUGUAACCAUGUUAAUAACCUGCUAGUUUAACAGUUAUCACAUUCCCUUGACAUUUGCUCUAGAUUAGGAUUUAUAUUUUUCCUGAAACCUGAUUUGCACAGCCAUCAAGCCAACUUAACAAAUUUACAUUUACAUACUGCUGUUGAGGUUCUAAAAAUUGUAUCUCCUCUUGAAUCAUGUCUCACUUUGUUAUUCAUCAAAUGUUCAGUGUGUAGGAUUUAGUGACAUUUGCAUCUCAUCUCAGCCUCCCUUUCCAAAUAUGAAAGAGAACCUGUGGCAGCCUUCAGGUGUUAUAAAAACUCAAAAGUGUUUGGCUUGUCAAGUCUGGGCUACUGUAAAAACAAAACAUGCCGGCCUCCGUAGAGGACCUGCGCCUGAUGUAGAUAUAAAGGGCUCAUUCUAUGGUAAACAACAAUUUGUACAAUUUAAAUUAAAAAAAUACAACACAGGACUUUAUGUUCAAUUUCUGCAAAUUAUUCCCUUUGACCUUAUAUCUUACCUUUAAAGUGUAAUUGCAUGAACCUCCUUCAAGGGUCAAAAGUGGGACUUUUCGUCUUAUAGUUGCCCUGUGGCCUUGAAAGACUGAAAACUCCAACAGAGCGAUAGAAUUAUAAUGAUACACUGACUGUUUCUGUUUGUUUACUGUCAUGUCACUGCUGACACAAGGUUUACUAUUGUGAUGUAGUUCUAACUGAGAAAAAGCAUUAUUUUUGGAUCACUUCUAUAGUCUGCUAACAUUUUUUUGCUAUCUGAAGAAAUUGGCCUGUAACGAACCUGAAAUAAACCCAGCUGGCAACACG